GGUUGAACUUUAUUUAUUGCAAAACGUUGCGCUGUUAGGUCACAAUAUUUAAGAGCUCGCUGUGUGUAAUGCACAUAUUAUUUAGAGUUGUAGGCCUAUAACUUAGAUAUUUUAUCGAUUCUAGAAGUUCAAUAUGAGUGAGGGUAAAUUGUCUAAGAUAGAGAGAGACAAACUGUGUAAAUGGAUCGGACAAUCAGUGGAUUUUAAACUUUUAUACAAAGCUUCCCGAGAUGGAAUGUCUCCAGCAAUCUUUCAACGGCGGAUCGUAAACAAAGGGCCGACUGUAAUAGCUUGUUGGAAUACCGAUGGCUGUGUUUUUGGUGGAUAUACUUCUGUAAAUUGGGUCGUUACCGGUGAUCAUCAGUAUGAUCAAAAAGCUUUUAUAUUUCGUCUGAAAUAUAAUAAGGAACAUUCCGCUAGAAAAUUUCCUGUAAGCGAUGCACAAAAUGCUAUUCUAUUUAAAGCCGGCUGUAGUCCCUGUUUUGGAGCAGGACCCGACCUGGAGAUUUUUCGUUUGCCAGCACAACCCGCGGCACCGGCUCCAGCAGCGGCAGCACCGGCGGCAGCACCCACAGUGGCGCCUUCUGAAGUUACCAAAAAUGCAAAUGGCGUUUUUGAAAACGCUUUGACGCCUGAUUUCGGGAAAUCCUAUCAAAGUGGUGGUGUUACCAUGAAAGAAAUAUCAAACAACAACUUUAAUUAUGAAGAAGUUGAAGUUUAUCAAGUACCAGAAUCGAUGCUUUUAACAGUUCCCUGGAGAGCAGACAGGAAUGAAAACUUGGCAACAUUAAAGAAGCUAAUAGAAGAUUACGUGCCAUUGGAGGAUGUUGGUGUGAGACAAGCAAGAAUUCUUCUCAUUGGUUCCGUUGGAGCGGGAAAAUCAAGCUAUUUUAAUACCAUUAAUUCCAUCUUUAGAGGUCAUGUGACCGGUCAAGCUAAUACCGGAAGUGCUGAAGCCAGUCUUACGACUAUGUUUCGAAUCUAUCAAAUACGGAGUUGCUCAACCCCACUCAAGCUCCGUCUCUGUGACACUCGAGGACUGGAAGACACGGAAGGAAUAGAUCCGGGUGAUUUAUCCGCCAUGUUGGAUGGUCACAUGCCAGAUCGUUAUACAUUCCUGCCUUCGUCCCCGAUAUCUUCAGGCAGCCUGGGAUAUAUUAAGACACCAACAAUUAACGAAAAAAUUCACUGCAUAGCUUUUGUUAUUGACAGUGGAUCAGUGGAUGUAAUGAAUGAAUCUGUUCUCUCUAAAUUUAAACAGAUACAGAAAUUAGCCAAUCAAAGAAGUAUACCCCAGGUGAUAUUACUCUCCAAGGUCGACCAAAUUGGUGUGGAAGUUGAAAACAACCUAACCAAUGUACUUUACUCAUCUCGAGUCGCUUAUGUCGUGGAUCAAGUUGCCCAGUUGAUUGGUUUACCUAGAGGUCAUGUUUUACCUGUUAAAAAUUACGAGAAAGAAACAGAAUUAAAUGAAACAGUUGACAGAUUUGCCUUGUUGUCAUUACAACAGAUGUUAAGAUUUGCUGAUGAUUAUAUGUAUGAUUCUUUGGAUUAAUUCGAGAAUCUAAUUAAAAUGUCAUCUUUAAUUCGUU